AUGAGCCUGGUGGAGGAAGUGAGAGCCUUGAGACUACAAAACAUUGACAAUGACAAGCGGAUUCUGUUACUGCACAUGGAGGAAUUCACCGGGAUGAAUGAAGUCGUGGUCACCGGAUUAGAAAUCAAACCCUGUGCUGUUAGUGCUGAUGUUAAGAGUCACACAGUGAAGGCUGGAGAUUCACUUACUCUAAACACUAACAUCACCAAACAACAAACUGAACCAGUCCUGUGGUAUUUUAAUGACACCCGCAUCGCUCUGAUUAACGGAGAUUCCAAUAAGAGCUGUUUAUAUGAUGGUGAAGGCGGGAGAUUCAGAGACAGACUGGAGGUGAACUAUGAGUCUGGAUCUCUGACCAUCACCAACAUCACAGCUGAACACACUGGACGAUAUGAAGCACGGAUCAUCAGGAGUGAGAGCACAGGAACCAGCCAAAACCUGAACCGAAAGCCCAAGUGUGACGGCACUAAAGUCAUUCAAAAAGAAAUCAACGUGGGCGAAACAUUAAGAACAUUGUUUGUUUCUGUCAGCGGUGUCUUUAAUAAUGCAUCAGAGACAUUCUUGAAGGUUGGAGGUUCUGUGUCUUUGAACACUGAUGUGAUCAAACAACCCCAAGUCCCGGUACUGUGGUAUUUCAAUGACACUCUCAUCGCUCUGAUCAAUGGAGAUCCCAAUAAGAGCUGUCUGUAUGAUGGUGCUGGUGGGAUAUUCAAAGACAGACUGGAGGUGGACUAUGAGACUGGAUCUCUGAACAUCACAAAUUUAACAGCUGAACACACUGGACGAUAUGAAGCAGAGAUCAUCAGAAUCAAGGGUGAAGGAACCAGCCAAAGCAUGAACCGAAAGCCUAAGUGUGAUGGCACUAAAGUCACUCCAAAAAACAACAGCCUGGGCGACACCAUAAAGACAUAUUUUGUGUCUGUCAGCGGUGUAUCUGAUUCAUGGCUGUCUGCAGGUGCUGUGGCUGGAAUAUGUGUUGCUGUUCUACUGAUUGCUGUUUUAGUGGGUUUAUUGAUUUACUGUCUAUGGAACAGGGAUAAAAGAGGCAAGUAUCACCUACUGUACAGAUACAAGUACAGAACAAAACAUCUACUUUCUGCUUAA